AUGCAUGGACUUGGUAAUAGUGCUAACGUAAACCCUCAGAAAAACUGCAGGAUGGCUGUAGCGAAUAUGGAAACUUAUCGCAUCACUAAACCCUUGAAUAUUAUAGGUCCAUGGAAGCUUGGCGAAACACUGGGUUUUGGUAGCACCGGUAAGGUCCAACUUGCACGACACGAACGCACAGGCCAAAAGACGGCCGUCAAGGUAAUUCCCAAGUCCAUUUUCAAAUCGGAAGGAAGCCACGGUAACAACGAUUCGGUUUUACCUUUCAACAUCGAGCGUGAAAUUGUUAUCAUGAAGCUGCUGAGCCACCCAAACGUCCUGAGUCUUUAUGAUGUUUGGGAAACGGACAACAAUCUGUAUCUUAUCCUGGAAUAUGCGGAAAAGGGAGAACUGUUUAACUUGCUUGUGGACCGCGGUCCCUUGCCCGAGCGUGAGGCCAUUAAAUGCUUCAAACAGAUAAUUAUAGCCAUUUCAUAUUGCCAUGCGCUAGGCAUAGUCCAUCGAGAUUUAAAGCCGGAAAACCUUUUGCUGGAUAAUUCCUAUAAUAUUAAAAUUGCAGAUUUUGGUAUGGCAGCUUUGCAAACAGAUGCAGGUAUGCUAGAAACUUCUUGUGGCUCUCCUCAUUAUGCCGCACCUGAGAUCGUAUCGGGCCUACCAUAUGAGGGGUUCGCCAGCGAUGUUUGGUCGUGUGGUGUAAUUCUCUUUGCCCUUUUAACGGGCAGAUUGCCCUUUGAUGAAGAAAACGGUAACGUUAGAGAUUUGUUGUUGAAAGUACAAAAGGGCCAAUUUGAAAUGCCCAAUAAUGCUGAAAUUUCUGGAGACGCACAAGAUCUAAUCAGAAGGAUUCUCGUUGUAGAUCCCACGCAAAGAAUAAAGAUAAGAGACAUAUUGAGUCAUCCUUUGUUGAAAAAAUAUCAAACCAUCAAGGAUUCAAAGAGUAUCAAAGACUUACCCCGUGAAAACACCUAUCUAUAUCCACUAGCCGACGCUGACAAUCAUACCAGUGUCACAAUCGAUGAUUCAAUUCUACAAAACCUAGUAAUACUGUGGCAUGGUAGACCCGCUGAGGAAAUCAUGAAAAAACUGCAAGAUAACGGAACUAAUACAGAAAAAACUCUAUACGCUUUACUGUACCGUUUCAAGCUCGAAUCAAUGAAGGAAACAAAUAAAAGGAGCCGUAGCAAGAUAAAUAAAACCAAAAAAAGUAAAAGGGUCAGCACACUAUCAUCAUCAUCAUCAUCGGCAUUUAACCAUCAGAGUUUAGAUUCUGCGCCACGCAAACAUGCAUCCAGAGGGCAUUCCAAAAACUUCCCCUCUAGCAGGAAGAGGUCAUCCUUUAUAUUGUCUUCCAAUUCGACCGACUGUUCUCCAAUACCAUUAAGGAGCAGCAAAAGAAUCUCCAUCUCUAGCGCAGUACCAGGGAAUACUUUACAAGUGCCAGAUAGCUCCUUGAAAUUAAAGAGAAAUUCCAAGAGAUCAAGCAAAAGACUAUCUUAUAUGCCCAAUCUAGGGAGAGGCUCACUCACGACAAACUUACUAUCAAACUAUACUAACCUGAUAGAUGAUGAUGAUUGGGAAUACAUAGAUAAAGAUACGAAACGAACAAGUUCUAACUUUGCUACACUGAUUGAUGAAAUAUUUGAGCCUGAAAAAUUUGAACUAGCAAAAAGAGAAAAAGCUGAACUUCAAAAAAAAGUGCAAGAAGCCAAGAGGCAGGUAUCAAAAAAUGCUCCGAUCAGCGACGAAAAAGAUGUUGGAUUCGAAGUUUCUGACGGAAUGAGAGAAUUGAAGAAAAUCAAUAACAAAGUCUCAUCUCCUUUGAUGAACUAUGAAUUUUCGCAAAAAGAACUACUUCAAGAUAUAGAUACCUUACUUACCAACCGUUAUCAACUCUCCUCAUAUACUAGGCCUAUUUCGAGACUGGAUCCCGGUUUAACGCCUGUGACUGGGGCAAUUCCUCACAGCAUAAAGGAAAAAACAGCUUUGUUGCAGGAUACUGAAAUGAAAAUAAUAGAAACCAUACGAAAAUCGGAAUUUUUGGGAUCCUUGCUGAACGUUAGAGAGGGGAUCUCCCAAGACAACAAUCAAUUGGCGUCUAUUGAAGUAUCACCUAAAAUUUCAACGACGCCACUGAUGUAUAAUGAUCAAGUAGAAAUUCGCAAAAUAUCCGAUGUCGAAGUCCCCCAUUUCACCAGAAAAUCUAAACAUUUUACCACUGCUAAUAAUCGGCGGUCAGUCUUAUCUUUGUAUUCUUUAAAAGAGUCACUUGAAGACCUGAAUCAAAUUUCAAAAAAUGAAGAACCUGACUCUCCUCCGCAAGGAAGCACUGAUAAUGCAAGUAAGAGUGAAUUAGUUGAUGUAAUUGAAGAAGUUACUGAGCAGAAAAACAGCCAACAUGACCAAGAUGAUAGCAAUGAUAGUAAUGGAAUGAAUAAUAAUAAUAUAUUGUACGACGUCCCCGAAUGCGUCGAUUCACCACAAGGAUAUGACAUUAAUGAUGCACAUUCCACCCAAUCUCCGGCGUCAAAAAGUACAGAGCCUAAACCGGUAGUGAAAUUGCCAUCUUUGAGUUCUUUCCAAAGAAAAAAUGCGAGUGGGUUGGGCAUAUAUCAAAGAGAAUCUUCCAGGGAAUCGUUACCAAGUGUUACUAUCAACAUCAGCGAAUCAGAUAAAACUACAGAGAAUGAGGCGCAAAAGGAGAUUAAACAUGACAAAAGCGAUACCAUAUUAUCAAACCAUGACGGUAAAGCGGAUAGCUAUAAGGGUGACAUCUCCAAUAUAGUAAGAGAAUCCUCACACGGCUCCUUUUUGAAAAAGUUGUCAAAGGGUAAGAUUUUAGAACUUGAUGUACGUGCCAAAAUAUCGGAGAAAAGACUAUAUGAGGGCUUACACAAAUUACUAGAAGGCUGGAAGCAGUACGGAUUAAAAAAUUUGGGGAUCAACACUGCUGAUAUGAUUAUAUCAGGGAAGUUGGUAAAUGACGGUAUUUUAUCUUUAAGAUCCACACUUUUUGAAAUAGUAAUCUUACCAAAUGGAAGCGGUCGGAGUUUAAUUAAAUUCAAUAAGAAGACGGGCUCAACUAAAACCUUGACAAAAUUUGCCACGGAAAUACAAAUUAUACUACAGAAAGAAGGUGUUUUGGACGAGUGA